UUCUCACUCAGCGCAUGCGUCAAUCGGUCACGUUACAUUUCAGGAAGUAGACACACCGGUUCACAUGUGUGUGUAGCAGGCAAAAGCAUCGAACCGGAUUUGAGCUAUUUUAAAGCUGUGGAUGUUUUUAACUUAAAAGGGCUAGUAAGAAAAUGUCUAAUUUUUUGAUAAACACCCUUUUGUCCCACCAUCCCGAUCCCGAGGAUUUGUUCAAUACUUUGUGCUGGUCAAGCACAACACGCCCCGACAUAGACAAGAUUGAAGCUCUAACUGUUUUGAUCCGAGAGCUUUCCAAUAAAUCACAAGAGGAGCGCUUUAUUUGUAAAGUGCAGUCAGUGAUAUGGAAUCAAUGCAUGCCGCUAAUGCAAACGAUCUCCAGUGCAGAUGAUGGAGGUAAAGAUCUGCUCUGCGCCGUCUGUGGACUUUUUGCAGUGUGUGUCAGUACCUGUCAGACCCAUGAUGUACCUGAGAAGGUAAGUCAUGUUCUUCUGUCUGUGCUGACGACGAGAGAUGAUGGCAACCACGAAACCAGCAGGUUUGACAUGGAUGUUGCCAUUGAAGUCACAGCAGUGCUGUUGUCCAGCAUCUCCUAUGAUAGAGACAUCAUCUCCAGGACCUUGUCCUGCACCCUUUGCUGUGCUAAAGAUCUCUCUGACUCCAUAAUCUCAAAAAUCAUAGUCCGGAUCUGGUUCACCAUGCUCAAGUCCUGUGAUAAAGACACUGAAUCAGCGGUUCUACAUCAGAUAUGGGAUGAUUUACUGUCAUGGCAUCAGAGAGAUCAGACAGAAUCGGUAUCAGCUCGGGUUCUGUUGUGUCUCACUGCUCUCUCUGACCACCUCUACUCCUUGGAAACCUCUCAGACACGGCCAGACCCUAGAAGAUCUCAAAGGUUUCUUAAGGCAAUUCAGGCUGGAUUGACCCACAAGGAUGGUGUGACCCGCAAACGGGCACUUUACCUGCUCACUAGGUGUGUUGCCCUGGCGGAAAUCAAGAAAGAAGAUGUGUUCACCUGCGAGGAACCUGACACAGAUGAAAUCCUGUUCAGAUGGACUCCAGAAAAAAAGCAGUUACUCAGGGAAUUCUGGGAAGAUUAUGCUCUAGUAUUAGAGACUCUAGAAGAAAACCAGAUUCACGUGAUUCGACCUGUACUCAACAGGAUCGACAUGCUUGUUGAGACAACAACGACUGACAUCCAAGGUGGGCUGUUUUCUCCAUCCUGGCUGCUGUGUGUGUAUCAGCGCAUGUUUCACAGUGAGAACAAGGCAGUAAUGAAGGAAGGAGUCAAUCACCUGUUAGAACUGAAAGCAUUGCAUCGUCCUGCGUUUGCUUGGGCAUUCUCACAGUUUGUAAUCGGUCCUCUCAUGGAUGUUCUUGCAGAGAGCUCUCUCUAUCACAGAGCACCGCAGCAGAACAUCAGAGAUUGUCCAGAGCUGGGAGUAAAACUCCAAAUGUUUAUGGUGAAUUUCUUCAACAGUUUGCCAGAAGAGAACAGAGGUUCAGUGUUGCUGCAGCUCAUUCAGCGGUUGGGUUCACGGCACUGGUGCGCAGUCCCACUGCUCUUUCUGUCCCAGGCCCUGUCCUGUCUGUCCCCCUGCCCUUUACUAGGAUCCGAUGGACUUCAUGCAUUCAGAGAAGUUCUACGCUGCACUAUGAUCACUCACCAGGUUCUUCUGAGAGGAGCUUCACAGUGUUUCCUGCUCCACGCUGCACUCUGCCUGACAGAUGUGUCAGCGGUCUCUCUAGAUGAGAUAUUUGGUUUUCUUGUACAUUUUCGAGCUGAUGAGUCUCUAUGUCGGGGCACAGCACUUUGGAAAGAGCUGUGUAAUUGGCUCCAGGCUAACGAAGGCUGUUUUCGUUUGACCGACGGCGAUUUGGGUUCCUCUGAGGAGCUUCAUGCUGAAACCUCAAACAGAGAUGGAGCUUCUAUAUUCAGCUACGUCCAGCAGCGUCUGAGGACCUUUCUCACAGUUCAAGCCAGCUCAGAUCAGACUGGAAGUCUACCUGAUCCAGGUGAGGCCGAGCUGCUGGCACGAGCUGUUCUGCUGACAGCCGACCUUCAGCAGACCAGGAGUGAGGAACCUGGCCUAGAACUGCUUCUCCAGCCCCUUCUGGACGUUUUACGGAGACUCAGCACUAACGUCUAUCUGGUGCUGCACAAGACGGACAAGAGCCUGCAGUUACUGCUGCGCCUGCUGCAGCUGCAUCGCAGAAGCUCUGAUACAGAGAAGGAGAAUGAGGAUGUCGUGGCUGUCGCGUUGAAGACUCACAUGCUGUCCAUGGUGGAAUCAGUGCAGGAGUUUCUGCUGAGAAGGUUGAGCGGGGAACUGAGGGAGUUAUGUGAUGUGGAGAGGUCUGAUCUUUAUCUCUCAGUAUUAAGGGAGCUGGUUCUCACUUAUUCAACUGUGUCGUGGUACGGAUCAAAUCUGCAGCAAAACUACAUCCCAAAACUCACCACAAACUGCCUGAGGAUCCUCAAUGAACCCUCUGAACAGAAUCCAUCUGUGUCAGGGCAGGUUCAGAGAGUGGUCAGUAUGGCCACACUUGCGAUGUUGUGUGACAUGGCUGAUCGAGGUGUCCUGAACUCCCGGUCUGAGGCCAUGAGAUCACUUCACUCGCUGACUGAGUUCUUCUACCCUUCAUCACCUUCAUCAUCUCAGCAUCUCAACCGUACAUUACUGAAGCCCACAACUGUGACAGUCAGUGAUUCAGUGGACAGUCUUGUGCUGAAGGACUGGGGGCGAAUUGUGGCCCAGUUUAUUCGAGAUCAGUGGACGUGUCUGAGUUUUCUGCAGAAGUCUGCUGGGACCCUUCGGGCUCCUGAAGCUCCUGAGGUCCUGAGGGCUGCAGUGGAUGCUCUGGCGUUACUGCCCGGUCAUCUUGUUCUGCCGGUGCUGGACUUCAUGGCGUCAGUCUUACCACAGGUGGUGCAGUGUGAUGAAUCUCUGUGCAUUGAGGCCAUAUGUGCAUCAUGGAAGGUGGUUCAGGCUCUGAGCACAAACCCUCAUGACUUCUGGUCCACGCUGCAGGGAUUUGUGCGCUUAGAUUUUCACCAGGGCCUUCUGCUGCUCACGGAGGAACAGAACCCCAGAAUCACAGCCUGCAUACAACAGAUUGUGAGUGAGAUCAUGGAAUUGGCUCAGGUCCGAUCAGGAGUGUUUAAUGUUCUGAUCCAGCAUUGCUGCGAGACUUGGCUUCCCUCUGGGGCAGCAGAGGGUGUCCAAUCAGAGGCUGUGUUCAGUACAGCUUUCUUACACCUCGACAUCCUGACCGAGGCCUGUGUGUAUGGCCCAGUGUUCAGAAGAGACCAAAGGCUUGUUCAGGAGGUUCAAAGCUAUGUUGAGCAACUUGGUGAUAGCUGUGCAGCAAACACAGCUGUCAACAGUGAUAACAGGGAUGAUCAGUUUCCUCGAGUGUGUGUUCUGGCUUUCCUCUGCCGCUUGAAUCCAUCUAAUCAGCUUCACCAGCAUCUAAUGGAAGAGCUCGUGCAACGACUACUGAGGAAGGAUGCUGAGAUUUCGAAAUCCAAAGUGCGUUACUAUAGCAACUCCAUCCAGCACAGAGUGAAGAACCGCGUGUGGCAGACGCUGCUGCUGCUACUGCAUAAACUCAGACCGGAGUUUGUGUCAGAGUGUGUGUUGAGUCACGUGUGUGAGGCUGGGUUCUGCAGCAACCAAGCAUCUGUCAAGUAUCUGAUAGAGUGGACCCUGAUCCUGGUCCUCCACCAGAACCCAUCUCACAUCCAGAACCUGUGGAACUGCUUCAGUCUGGAUCAUGAGAAGACAAAAACAAGCAUGUGCACUUUUCUCUCUGUCCUCGUGCACCUGAAUGUCCUCCUCCCAGAACUGCAAGAUAAGGACGUGCAGUGGCGUAGAGCGGUGGAGGUGAGCCUGCAGUGGUGUUUCAGUCAUAAUUUCAGCAUCCGUUUGUACGCUCUGCUCGCCCUUAAGAGAGUGUGGGAGCUGGAGGACGCACGUGUUCUCCCAGAGGAAAACCUGGGUGGACUGACAACAGUGGUCCGAGCCUGUUUACAGCAGGCUGAAGCCAUGCAGAACACCGGAAAUGCAAUGAAAAACUGGUCUAGAAUCCAGGAUCAUUUCUUCUUCAGUGCUUUCAACCCAAUCAGGGACUACAGCGUUGAGACAAUAUUCCAGAUCUUUCCUCGCCUCUCGGAGCUGGCAGAAGAUGAGUGGCUUCCACUGUGGAAAUUUGAGAGUUUUGUUGACUUCCCAAUGGGUGCCGCCCUGCCAUUGAAGAACGCUUUGACGGAUCUCUGUGAACUCCAGCCUGGUGACUGGAUCCAGCAGGACAAAGGUGACUUGGAGCAGGAAGAGCGCUGGGCAGAAGUUCAGAAGAAAAUCACCCCGUGGAAGCUGAGUGUCCAGGAGCAGGAGCCUGAGCUCAUGGCCCAGCAGAGAGCAGCACGCCUGGGCAAACUCACCAGCAACCUACUGGUGGUCGCAUCUCUCAUCGACAAGCCCACCAAUCUGGGUGGUCUGUGCAGGACGUGUGAGAUCUUUGGGGCCAAAGCUCUGGUUCUGGACAGUCUGCGACAUGUUAAUGACAAACAGUUCCAGGCCCUUAGUGUGUCUUCAGAGUUGUGGCUGCCGAUGCUCGAGGUGAAGCCAGCUGAGUUGUCAGAUUUCCUGCAGCUGAAGAAGAGAGAGGGAUACUGGGUAAUUGGUGUGGAGCAAACAUCCAACAGCCAGAGUUUACAAGAUUACACGUUUCCUGAGAGAAGCCUCCUACUACUAGGUAAUGAAAGAGAAGGCAUUCCUGCAAACCUGCUGCAGCUGGUGGACGUGUGUGUGGAGAUUCCUCAGCACGGUGUCACCCGCUCCCUCAACGUGCACGUCAGCGCCGCCCUGCUGGUGUGGGAAUAUACACGCCAGCAUUUAGGACAGAACACUGGGUCGUAAAACUGCAGAACAGUUUCUGUGUUUUAGCAGAAAAUAUCUGUCAGUAUUUGGAAGAUUUGCAUUAUGCACCAUUUUUUCUAAGGAAAAGUUGUGUUUAUGCAAAUCAAGUAAGUCAUAAGAGGCAUUUUGCUUGACAAGACUCCCCAAAUUUGAUUAGAAAGAUGGAAAACCGCAGCAUUCAUGUAUAAAUAUUACAUCUAUCCUCCUUCGAGUUAUUUUA